UAGUGCAGACCUGCCAGAAGACGAGCAGCUAGUCCACAGUUUCUUCACCUUUGGACCAGCGAGACGGUGGUCAGUGACAUUUUACAACCUGAACUCACUGUUUCACUUCCUGCUCUGGUGAAUUUUAGUUUAAGAACUGAACCAUGUUGGAGGUUGCAGAGGGGACAACAGUGUGCAGCACUCCGUUUGCUCACAACAGGCCCUUCGAGGAAAGAGCUGCGAUGAAAAGACCGCCUGCGUGUCAGGCUGACUGUUUGGACGGGCAGCUGAUCAAGAUAUCCAAAUGGGAUGACCAGGACUUUGAUAUCAUUUGCGAUGGAGCAAAAUCUGACUGGUCUAAUUUGACAGCCCUCCCAGAAAGUGCUCAGCCUCCCCAGCCCUCCCCACACAAGCCACCUCCUAAAGAACCAGCCAUGACUUUGUUUCAGUGGCAAGUCUGCCAAGAGGCCUGGAGACAAGCCAGAGUCCCAGUGGAGCUGCUCGGUGUGCAGGAUGAGGAUGGUGACACGUGUCUUCACAUUGCGGUGGCACAAGGUCGACGAGCGCUGGCGUUUGUGCUGGGAGAGAAGAUGGCUGCACGUGGACUGCUGGAGACCCGAGAGCACAACGGACUGACGGCUCUGCAUUGUGCUGCUGCCACCAAUCAGCAUCUGAUCAUCAGCGACCUGCUGACCCAUGGAGCUGAGGUGGACACGCGCGACCGCUGGGGUCGCACGCCUCUGCACGUGUGCGCUGAAAAAGGACACUUUCUCUCCCUCCAGAGUAUCUGGAAGACCCUUGCAGGACUCGGUCGACAUGCAGACCUUGACCUGCUCAACUAUGAAGGUCUCACUCCGCUCCACGUGGCUGUCACGUCUCACAACCAUGUGGUGAAGCAGCUCAGGCUUCAGGGAAACAGUUGCUCAAGGCAUAGGAAGGAGCUGCUGAGGAAGAAAAUGAGGUUGUCAGGGUGUGUUCAGACUCUCCUGAACCUGGGCGCCACCUGUGUGACAAAGGAAUUGAAAAGUGGACGGACGAGUCUCCACAUGGCUGCUGAGGCAGCCAACAUAGAACUGCUGUGUUUGUUCCUGGAGCAGACGUCCACGGUUGAGGUCAACGCGCAGACCUUCAGUGGCAACACGUCGCUGCACCUGGCUAGCUCCCUGGACGGCAACAGAGAUCAGCUGGCUGCUGUCAAGCUACUGCUGAGAAAAGGAGCAGACCCAAGUAUCAGGAACUUUGAGAAGGAGCAACCGUCCCAGCUGGUGCCCGCAGGACCCACCGGAGUGAAGGUGUGGAAAACCUUGAAGGGGAAGAGUCUGUGAGAACACUGUCAGUCAGACAGUCCAUUUUAACGUCAUGAUUUGUCCACAUUAGGCAAAUUCUAGGUGGUUUCACUGAAACGCUAGUUCAUUACCAUGUAAUGAUAGCAUAUAUAUAUAUAUAUAUACAUAUAUGUGUGUGUGUGUGUAUAUAAUAAGAAGAAUGUUUGCUUUUGUUAUCAACCUGAUUGUUUUGUGUGUGAUGAUAGUGCGAUAACAUGUUUGCUUUUGAAUAAACUGGUUACU